AUGCCGGAUUUCUCUUCCCUUUUAUGGGAUGAUAUGGAGAUUUCAUUGACAUCAUGGAUAAGAAAUGCAAUUAAUGAAAUGGGAUUUGAAAAAAUGACACCCGUUCAAGCAAGUACAAUUCCUUUUUUUAUAAAAAAUAGGGAUGUCGUUGUAGAGGCAGUAACAGGGUCUGGAAAAACUUUGGCUUUUUUAUUGCCUAUACUAGAGAAAUUAAUUAGAAGAGAUGAACCAUUAACUGAAUUUCAUAUAGGAUCGUUAGUGGUUUCCCCUACAAGAGAAUUAGCAAUGCAGAUUUAUUCUGUUUAUCAAACUAUUAUGAAAAAAUCAGAACAAAUGAAUACUAAUUUGAGAGCACAACUUGUUAUAGGGGGAACUAUGACUAUACAACAUAAUAUAGAUGAAUUUAAUGAGAUAUCCCCAUCAAUUAUUAUUGGUACUCCGGGUCGUAUUAAUCAACUUCUUUCAUUAUCUCUUGUUAAAACUAAGGAGCUUGAAAUUUUAGUUAUGGACGAAGCAGAUAGAUUGCUUGAUAUGGGUUUUUUUCCUGUUAUGGAAUCUAUUAUUAAAAAGUUACCAAAGCAAAGACGAACGGGUCUUUUUAGUGCUACUAUGACAGAAGCUGUUGAUAAACUUAUUAAAACAGGAUUAAGAAAUCCUAUAAAGAUAGUUGUUAGAGUAGGGAACCAGGAAAAUACUAAAGAAGAUAGAUGUGUUCCUGCAAGUUUACAAAUAUUGUAUAUGGUUUUGCCAUCUGCAGAAAAAUUUAUACAAUUAAUUAGAUUAUUAAAUUAUUCAUAUAUUAAAGAUGGGAUGAAAAAGUUUAUUGUUUAUUUUCUUUCUUGUAUUUGUGUUGAUUAUUUUUUUCUAAUUUUUUCACAAAUAUCAUAUUUAAAGAAAACAUUUAGGAUAUUUUCUCUUCAUGGCAAACAAAGUUCAUCUUUAAGGACUAAGAAUUAUAAGGCUUUUUUUAAUGCGUUAUCUGAAACACCUUCUAUAUUAUUUACUACGGAUUUGGCUGCAAGAGGUCUUGAUGUACCUAAUGUAGAUAUGGUUAUUCAAAUGGACCCACCGUUAGAUCCGAAAUCAUUUUGCCAUCGUUGUGGAAGGGCUGGAAGAGCAGGUAGACCAGGUAAAGCUGUUGUUAUGUUAAACAGAGGACGAGAGGAAGAUUAUGUACAUUUUUUGAAAGUUAGAAAAGUACCUAUUCAGCCUUUAGAAAGAAUUGGAAAACAUAACAACAUUAUGGAGAACAAGGAAGAUGAAUCUAAAGAAGAUAUACUUGCAUUAGUCAAAGAAAUACGGGAUAUUGUUAAAAAAGAUAGAGAUUUGUAUGAAAAGGGUUUAAAGGCGUUUGUAUCUUAUAUAAGAGCAUAUUCAAAGCAUCAGGCACAUUUUAUUUUUCGUGUUAAAGAUCUUGAUUUUUCUGGGAUAGCAUAUUCUUUUGGAUUACUUCAUUUUCCUAAAAUGCCUGAAUUAAAAAACAUGGUUUUGGAUUUCGAAGAAGAAAAUAUAGAUCUGGACAAAUUAACUUAUGCUGAUAAAUUGAAAGAAAAGGCUAGAUUAAAAAAAAAAAAGGAACAGGAAUUAAUGAAUGAGAAAAAAAACUCAGUUUUUAUAAAAAAAAAAACUAUUCCUUGGUCAAAAAAUAUAGAACUAAAAAAAAAGAAAAAAAAUCGUCAAAGUAAACGUAAACAUAAGUCUUUUAAGGAAAAAAAUGUAAUAUAG